GAUCUGAAUGGUUUAUGCAGCAUAAAAAUGUUCCCCUGCAUGAUGAGAAGCAGUCAACUUUCUCCUGCGCCUGAUGGUCCGGACGGAGAACAAAUCGGCAACUACAGCUGCAGACUCCCCUCUCCUCCAGAGAAAGACUGCCACUUUCCGAGCAAUUCCAAAGGAGACCGCACCUCAGACACUUCUAGUUCUUCUUACCGUUCUCACCGGGUUCAGAGGAAGCGGAGAGUUUCAAGGACUGUGUCGAAUUCUUUGAAGAACCUGCAGAUUGUCACGAGCAGUGCAUUUACUGCGACUCAGAACAUGAGCAAGGAAAUGUAACAGCAACGCCGGUCCUUCCUGGAGCUCAGGCAAGCCCUGCUGAUAGGAUUUCCAAGGUUACAGCCAGCCAACUCCAUGGGACUUUGAAUAGUUCCAGCGACGUCUUACGAGAUGGCCAGAGCGGCACAAAAGGGAAUAUUUAUGCUGCUACAUCUGGAGGAUCUCGAGCUGGUUUUCCUCUACGCAGGAGCGAGACAUUUGGGGAGUCAUUGCCAGUCCAAGAGGCGAGAGCACCGAGCCUGCAGGCAGACCUCAAGGGUACUAUAAAAGAUCAAACCUGCAGAGACAAACUCUGUACCAGUGGGAAGGAAAGGCAACAGGUUCAGAUGUCAAUCAAAGCUAAGAAUAGCUCAGACCCAGUGUGCAGUGGUAGAAUGGGUCUAGUCACACGGAGGCUGCAGCCAGGAGACAGCGGAUCUAAGUAUUUGGAUCAUCCUGCACAAUUCAGUUCCGACAAAUCCAAGGAAAUGUUACCCAAUGCACGCAAGCCGAAGAAAAGCAGCCUUGGCAGUCGAGUGCAUGGUCCUGUAAGUAGCAAACCAGCAUGCCCCAAAUAUUUUGUUGAAAAUCCAUGUGUUUUGAGUGACUCUGAUGAGGCUGAUAACGAAGUAGAGAAGCUUACUGCCCUGUCCUUCCAGAGUCUCUCAUGCCCGCAAGGCAGCUACCUAGAUAUGUAUAGUUCCAGUAACAGGACAUCCUCCAGCCUGUCCAAUUCCUUGCCAGAAGAUAGUAAUGGAAUGAACAGGUGGCCAUUAUGCAGUGACCAGAGGAAAACAGUGGCAGUCGGCCACGCAAAAGGAAGCCGGCUAUUCCCAACAGCCAGCAAAGCCCCAGAUACAGGACUGCUCAGUGGCGUGUUGGGGAAGGAGCACCCUGAGUGCAUCGAUGUCGCCCUAGAGAAUGCUGAUGGCAAAAAGAGCCUCUCUAAAAAGAGAAUGGUGCCCAAGCGUCAGAUCCAGUUAAGACGGAAAGAGAAGAAGGAGACAGGUUUUUGUGCUGCUGGGGACUGUGCUGCCCUCCAGCCAUUCACACAACCACGAAAGGAGUCGUGUGUGAAAGUGAGAAAUAUCAGCGACGAGUUUAGGCUGAAUUAUAAGCAAUUUCUGAAAGCCGCCUCUUUGAACAAUGCUUACAACAAAACGAGGAUGGCUUCCAGCCUGGUGAAAAACGUUUUGGCUAAAAAAAUGCAGUAUGAACACAGGAUUAAGAUGGAACAAGCAUCUGUCUGGGGAAGCUCAACCUCUUCUGUCCCUUCGUCCAUAAGCACUGACCUCCCAGGGGACAGUUUGGAAGGCAAGUCAAGUUCUCUGUCUAAGUCGGACUGCAGUUUUUCAACGGAAGAUGUGCAAAGCCAUUCCACCAGUGAGAGGUCAGAGUCCAUCACAGUGAAUAAAGACGGCGUGGACGCCUUGAGGCCAACGAAAGGAGUUGUGCUCAACGAGCAACUAAGGGAGAAUGUCUGCAAACUGAAAGAUACAUUUAACGAGCUGAAUGAGAGACUGAAGUAUCAAGAAGUCACUCAGCUGAAAAGACUCCCCAUUUUGGCAGAUGGGGGUGUGAAUGUAAUAGAAUCAAGCAACAUCAGGAAGCAGGCCGCUGGGGUAAGGAAAGAGUACAGGAGAGCCCGAGCCGUGUUUGAGUCCAUGGAGGCUGAUACAGAAAGCUUGGCUGCAAUUCCGAAAUUUGCAAAGCCAAAAAAGCCAUGGCCAAAUCUGAAGCAGCGAGCCAUUCGCCAGAGCAAGCACACACAGUCAAAGGAAGAAAAAUUUCCCCUGAAACCAAAAAGCCUUGUGGUACCCAAAGAUACUCCCAGUAACAUCUUCACAUCCAAAACCAAAGAAAUGAAACUCAUCCCUCAGAUCAAGAAUGAGCAUAGUACUCUAAAUGCCUCUAGGCACACAUCUUUGGAUAGAGUUUCCAAUGAGCGGAGGCGGCCUACAUUUCAUAGCAUGAAACUUUCGUCUGUGGCUUUUCCAGCUUCUGUCAAAUCACACAGUGGUGAAAAAUCAAAUUCCCCCAAAACACCUCACACAGGGGAGACUAUUCAAAUGGAAAGCAAAGAGAAGACCAGAAUACAGCAGCCCAGAGGUGUAAGAAAAUUAGUGAAGGACACAUAUAAUCUUGGCUUUAAAUCAUCGGACAGCUCCAGUGUAGAUCAGGCAUCCUAUUCUGAAAGCAAAAGUGAGAACAGCUUAAUUGUGCUACCAAAGGAGUCCACAGCUGUUUCACCUCUGUUCAUACGCUGCACAUCAAUAUGUCGGAAAGAUGAUAUGCAAACAGCAAAUAAUGCACAGGAGAAUAAGCAAGACCAAAUUGGGGACAUUGAUGUGUCAACGCUUUCUCUACAUGAUCAAAGCACAAGGAGCAAGGAAUCCACUGAUAAUUCUAAUCCCACAGUACAGACACACGAAAAUGUAUCUGUAUGUCAUCCAGAAAGCAAAUGUUCUGCAGUGGGUGAACCUGCAGUGCACAUUACUACAAUUCAGUCCAAGAAACUUGUUGAAAAUAAAGAAUUUCAGACACAAGUUGACAACAAACAAGUGCCUUAUGAACGGAGUGAAUUGAAUGUCAGGCCUUCUUCUACAACCACCAAGAAAGAAUCUCAGCUUAAUAUUAAAGUCAACAGUUCUCUCUCCAAACAGUCACACAAAACUGAAACUGACUAUUUUCCAGCUUCUAGUUGCUCCAGACUGGAUGAAAGGACCAUGAAAGAUUUGGUGCCACAGUCUAAACAUAGUUUGUUGAGAGAAACCCAAGAUGCUGCUUCAUCAGAGUCUCUUAGGAUCCCAUCUUCUACCUAUGUACGGGAAAUCACAAGGAGAGAUAAUGGCUAUGGAACCACAAACUAUAUUAAUGACCCUUGCAAAACCCAAGAAGCCGAGUUGCCCUAUCAGAAACAUUUAUCCAGUGAGUUCUUCUCCGUGGCUUCCAAUAAGCUUCUGAAAGACGAAAAUAUGCUUCCAGAAUCUGGAUCAUCUAAUGGAAGCUGUAGGUACCCACAAGCCAUCAGGCCUCCAAUGACAAGCACCCAAAAUAUUCACACACAGACUCAAGAAAAUAGUAAUUUUGCAGAUGGCAGGUGUGACUCUACAGUACUGGAAGACACCAGACCCUUGGACAAGCAUAACAGAAUACAGUCUGAUUGUGUGAUUUCAAACAGUCCACUAGCACCAACAGAGUACACUGAAGGAAUCAAGGUAAUAUCAAACUCCUCUUUUACUCCAUCAACCUCUUAUGGAAAGCUCCACGACCCAGGGUGUGACUACUUCAACAAACAUCAGGCAACAAAUGAACAGUAUUUUUCAGCUACCCAGGCUGACAACACAAAUUACUUAACAAUUCCCGUGAAAACCCAUCAAUCUGAUGCAACUGUUAAACAUCCAGUGCCUUUGAACAUUGACAACACCUCUUUCACCUCCAAUGUCUCCUUCCAGCCGAGUGGAGACGCAUCAGGAAAUAAAAUAAGCAAAGAACUUUUCCCACCAAAACAAAUGGAGAGGAAGGCACCCUCCGAUAAUGUGCUAUACAGUAACCCAAGCCAUGGGCAACUCCCCCUAAGACUUGAAGAGUCUCCUAGCUUCACAAGAAGAAAUGAAGGCAUUUCGCCAUCUGGUAAGAGUGCCCCAAGCCCAACACGGCACUUUCAUCCUGCUACAGCUCCUCCUCCUCCUCCUCCUCCUCCUCCUCCUCCUCCUCCUCCUCCUCUACAAGGACACAGAAAAAUGUUGGUUGAUCCAGAGAGUGGGAAAUGCUACUAUGUGGAACCACCGAGGCAGCCUCAAUUAAAGAUGCUUUAUGACCCAGAAACAGGGCAGUACAUUGAGGUACUCAUACCCCCAGUCCCACUAUCAUCACACAGCGGGCUUUACCAGUCUCCUUUCUCACCAGUGGUCAUGAAUCCAGGAGGUUAUGGACCACCUUACAUGUCGUACUCGGGGUUUCCUGGGUUCCCCCCUCCCCCUCCAGCUAUGCCUCCCGCCAACCUGGAUCUUCAAGACCAACAACCUGUUCAAGAAAAUGCAAACCUCAACGAAAAUUACAGCCAUUUUUCAAAGAGUGACGUUCCUCCAGCUACCCAAACUGCCGAUGGCAACUACAUGGAGAGUUUGUACUAUAUCCCCACUGGAAUGAAUUCAAGUCCUAAUCCCAAUCAAACUUUAUUUUCCCCACCUUCAAGUUCUGGUCCUUCUGGAACUGAAAAGGGGCCCUUCCUUAGGAUGUGAAGUGCAGUGCGACAAGGGCAACUGGGAAAACUUUUUUUGUAUUUCAGAUAAUUCUGUUAUUUUUUUGUUUUGUUUUUUAAAGGUCAAACCCAACCUCCUUUCCUGGAAUCUGUGAAAAAGGAAUGAAAAGGAGACAGAAAGCUUGGUUUCCUUUAGUUCAGUUUAUUCUGCUGUUUGAGCUCUGAAGGACCCAAAAGAGAUAAUGGGGCACCAAGAGUUUACAGUGCACCUCACUGGCUUAGUAAAUUUGAUUUUAAUGUAAACAUCCCUGGCAGUAAAGGGCCACAUUCUGGUGCUAAUUGAAGCCAAUGGGAGUUAGGUGUUGACUUCAACGGGACCAGGAUUCAGCCUGUGAGGUUGUCCUCCUUUGCAACUAUCAAGUUUGUUCCUUAAGGCGUGCUAUAAGGUAUAUUAUUGCAAUGCUAAGUCUAUUUCCUGAGGAGUCCCGUUCCUCACAGCUCUUGACUCUUCUGUAGAAAUUAAAUGUUCAUCCAAACUUUUUGAGAUUUGAUACUUUUGUAUAUUUAUGCACGAAUCACCAACAUGUUCAGGCUUCCUUAAAUUUUCAUGGUACCUCACUUCACUUUUGCCAUCAGAGCCCACUUGACACUAGCAUGUUUCUAUCAGUGUAAAUGUUUUGAAGAUGUGGGGAGGGGGGAGAGAGAUAUAUAUGUGUAGGCAGGCUGGGAACAGUAGACAUGGCUUCUCCUCAGAGCUUCACAUUUUUCUAGAGCUGUGCACUGAAGAGGCUGGCUGCAUCCUCCUUGGCUUGGUAAGUGUCAAAACAAAACAAAAUAUAUUUCCUAGCAGUAAAGUGGGCAAGAUGGAAAAGGAAGACAGCAUUUUAAAAAAUAUUUGUCUAGAAGAGGGCACUUCAGCAGGUGCCGAUUGUCAUGCAAGCUAUAGCUUCUGAAAUUCCCUCUUCUGCACAACUAUUUAAAAUGGCCUUUUCGGAGCCACAUCCAUUUAAAGCACCAUUGUACCUCUUUAGCAGUCAUAACUUCUCCCAAAGAAUCCUGGGUUUGGUUAUGGGUGCAGGCAAAUGUCUCUUUGUGAGGGGUCGCCUAGCAACCCCAAGCACCCUUAAACAACAGUUUCCGUAGUUCUUAAGUGGAAGCAAAGUGCUUUAAAUGCAUGUAGAGAUGUGACUUUGGUAUAUGACCACCCUUGUCAGCCUCAGUACUCAGAAGGCAAGCUAUGCCCUUCCAUGCAACAUAUGAGAAUGUUUAAUGGAACAGAGGAAGGGAGCAGAAGCACACAGAAUGUUUCACAGUCAGCCGUGGUUGACAGAUUCAAAUAUAUGUUUUGUGCACAAGGACGAACCUGCCUACACCCUCUCAGAGGGUCUGGUGAGUGCCUGGAUGGGAAAUGUAUGGAGAAUUUAUAUGUGCUUCUUGAGUUACUCCAUGGAAGAAAGGUGAAAUAAAAGUGUAAUCUAUUCUUUAAAAGUAGAAAGUUCAGCACAUGCAAUUCCUGAGUAAUUUAUCAAACUGUCGUUUAGUGAGUGUGAGUAAAUCAGUGGUGAAGUGUGCAAGCCAAAGCAAAAAUCACUGCUGCUUUGCUCCUUCCCUGGCCCUGUUGCUACAGCACUACCUAGAGUUAAGCUAUGGUUUAGCUUAGCAUUAUGGGCAAACCUGAGCUUGUUAUUUGUCUCUUUCAGAAAAACCAUGAAUGGUAAGCAAAAAAAAACCUUGGUUACAGCUUGUGGUUUUCUAGGAAGGAGGCAAACCGUGAGCCCUGGUUUGUGCAUAACACUAGGCCAAACCAUGGCUUAGCUUCAGGGGGCACAGCAGUAAGGGGACUAAGGGAGGUGAGAAGCAGUCAUGAUUUUUCACUCUGGAUACACACACACUUCCUUAUUCACACUAAAGCCAUAGUUUGGCUUAGCAUUAAAUCUGAACUGGACCCUCGUCAAGAAAACUCCGCUGAGGAGCAAACUGUUGAUGUCUGUUUGGUCAUAGCUGCCAAGUUUUCCCUUUUCUCGCGAGGAAGCCUAUUCAGCAUAAGGGAAAAUCCCUUUUAAAAAGGGAUAACUUUGCAGCUAUGCUGUUUGGUACCGGUAUUAGUCUGCUAAUUUUCACAACUGAAAAGUAUUUCACCAAUAAUUGUUCCAGAGACUUCAGAAAAGAGUUUGGGAUUAUUAAUGCUUUCAUUGUCAAGUUUUAUCCGGGAAAGUGAUGGCAUUGAAAUGGAGUUAGACAAAGGCUAUAUCAGUGGCUACUAGCCACAAUGGCCAUGCCUUGCCUCUAUGGUUGGAGGCAGAAAUGUUUCUGAAUACUGUACCAGUUGCUGGAAACCACAGGAGGUUUCCUCCACUCAGAUCCUGCUUGCGGGCUUUCAAUAGCAGGUAGUUAAGAUUGGGUGGACCAUUGGCCAGAUCCAGCAGGCUUGUCCAUAGCUGCCAAGUUAUCCCUUUUUUACAGGGAUUUUCCCUUAUGCUGAAUAGGCUUCCUUGCGAGAAAAGCGAAAACUUGGCAGCUAUGGGCUUGUCUUAUGUUUUUGUAAAGGGUCCCUAGGGUGAGCUGCAUGAUUGUGCAGCCGCAAGCCUACAGGCUACUGUUUUCUCUCUCUCUCUCUCUGCAGACCACUGUAGUGCAGGAAACAAAGGGGAGGAGAGGGCUGAGUGGGGCUCUCAGCAGCAACAGUAUCUGGAGCUCUUGGGACAGAGCUACAGCCACAGAUAAAGGGUAGAAGUAAAAUCAAGCCUGGUGCUGCUUCCAUUCUAAAGUUAGGGCAGGAUCCAAUUAGGAGCAGGAUUUUCCUUGCUUUCCUCACUAUGUGGUAGAUCCAGCAGGCCUAUUUGUAAAAUUAACCUCUCUUUGCUGCUCAGGGGUUUCCAAGUCCCAACUUUGAGAGCAUCCUUGUGCUUUUAAGUUAAGAUAAUUUCACGAGGUCUGACUUCUCUAAUUCUAACACAGCAGCAAUGGCAGAAACUGCACAAUGAGCAGGGGUUUUCCUGCUCUGCAUCUCUUUUAUGCAGAGCUCCAUCAUCUAUGCAGUUGUCACCUUUUGUUUCACCCCUGCUCCUUUUGCUUUUACCUGCAUUAUGAAAUUCAUUUCUUUGUGUCUGAAGGGUAGGGGGUGGGGCAGACAUUUGAUGAUGCAGUUCACAUUUCAAGGCAAAUCUACCCAGAUCAAAUAUGCAAACAGAAACACAGCUGUCCUUCGAAAUUCGCAGCUCUCCAAAUUUUGCAGUGCAGUUCUCCAGCUAAAUAAUGCGUACAACAGUGCAUAUACUGAGGUGACAUGUGCGUAAAUAGGUCAAAAUAAAAAAAUGCAUUGCAUUCAGGAAAAUAAAAUAUGGGGGGGGGAGGAGCACGCUUUGCAAAAAUGCGUGUUAGCACUACUAUGCUGAGGAAUUUUCAUAGAUCCAUAGAAUUGUAGGGUUGGAAGGGACCGUGAGCAUCAUCCCGAGGACUUCUUAAAUAACAAAAACCCAAAACCAUUGUGGGAAUUUGGGGAAGUGAGCUUAAGAAUGGGGAAACGAGAAACUGAGAGAAACCAAGACUUACAGAUGCAGCUACCCCAAGUUAAGGGGUGUGAGCAGAGCCAGGCAGAAGCGGCAGCCCUGCUUUUUCACCCGCAUGCUUCCUCCCUCACGCAAAGACGCCCUGCCUGCCGGUGGCUCAGCUUCUUUCUAGCACGGCUUUAUGACUCUCAAAACUGCAGGGUGGGCAGGAAUGUAACAGCUGAAGCUCUUCCCAGCAUAAACGGCGACCAUGGUGAGGGGGAAAUGGCAGCUGUUAUGUUUCUGCCAGUCAUGAAGACACGAGAGCCCUGCCAAAACAAAAAAGGCGAAAGUCUAACCCUUGUUGAACUUCGUUGCUUUUUUCCAUCGCCUGUUCUUUGUUCCUCUAUGUCAGUGGUCCUCAACCUUGGGCCUCCAUAUGUUUUUGGCCUACAACUCCCAUGAUCCCUAGCUAGCAGGACCAGUGGUCAGGGAUGAUGGGAAUUGUAGUCUCAAAACAUCUGGAGGCCCAAGGUUGAGGACCACUGCUCUAUGUGACUCCAUUAUCGCUCAUUGCUCCUUUAAGUCCUUGCAUAGGAACCAACUCCCAGGGAUUGAGGUACCUUCUCCUCCCCCCCAAUAAAACAUCUGAGGGGGGGUCCCCAAAGGUGAUGAACAUUGCCAUUCAAAUGACGUAUGCACACUGUGUCAUGUGAUCGAUUAUGCGAAGUGGGGCUUACCUGGGAGGGGGAACCCCAUAUUUUAUUCAAGUUGCCACCCCUGGGUCCUUAUUUCUCCUCCUAUUGUCUACGCCAGGCACCCCAAACUUCAGCCCUCCAGAUGUUUUGGACUACAAUUCCCAUCUUCCCCAACCACUGGUCCUGUUAGCUAGGGAUCAUGGGAGUUGUAGGGCAAAACAUCUGCAGGGCCGCAGUUUGGGGAUGCCUGGCCUACGCAGUCCUGUUUGCUCCUUCAGCAUCUCUGGCCUCCAGUAUAGGAAAGGAUAACCUGUGCCCCAGCCCUCCAUAUAUUGUUGGACUACAACUCCCAUCAUUCCUUUCCCUUGGCCAUAUUGACUGAGGUUGAUGAGAGUUUGAAUCCAUCUGCUUCUGGGGUCAUAGCAAGGGAAAUGUUGCCAGUUGUGUGGUUUCCCAAAUGCAACAGUGGGGAAAGCUGCGUCUGACAGAACUUCCCUUUCUAUAAACUAUUUUGUGUUUUUUUUCACAACACCCCUGUGAGGCGGGCUGUUAUUUCUCACACCAUUUUGGCCCGAAUAUAAGCCACACCUGAAUAUAAGCAGCACCUUUAAAAUUCAAGGCGGAAAAAGAAAAAAGGACAAUACCCAAAUAUAAGCCGCUCCCUUAAAAUUCUGCAGGCUCUCACACCCGUUCCGUUUUACUGUAUGUCUGUUUCAGCAGCAAUAUCGUAAUAGCCAAUUUUUGUAAGGUCAACAAUUUCAUAGAAUCAUAGAGUUGGAAGAGACCACAAGGGCCAUCCAGUCCAACCCCCUGCCAAGCAGGGAACACCACCAAAGCAUUCCUGACUGAUGGCUGUCAAGCCUCUGCUUAAAGACCUCCAGAGAAGGAAAUUCCACCACACUCCUUGGCAGCAAAUCCCACUGUCGAACAGCUCUUACUGUCAGGAAGUUCUUCCUAAGGUUUAGGAUUUGCUUUGUCAUAGGAUUUGCUUUGUAACUAAGGCUUUCCCUCGCUGCAGAGCUGAGUUUCCUCUCCCUUUCCUGAAUUUACCUGGAAGUAAAGCCCCCAAACUGAACAUUGGCCAGUCUGCUCAGAGAAUUAGGCUUCACCUGGCAAUAGUAUGACCUGGAUUCAUGUAUUUUAUGUAUUUUCAUGUAUUUUAAAUUGCCAUGGAUGUACCUAAGAAGUCUUACUCCCUGAAUAAACCUCCUCAGAUAAAACUGCACAUGAGCCACACUUUAACUUUUCACAAUCAGAAUUUUUUUUGGGGGGGGGGAGGAGUGAGGCUUAUAUUCAGGCCAAUACGGUAUUUAAGACAUUUUAACACCACCCUUCAGUUUUAACAAAAGUCCUAGGGUGCUUUGCGUCAGUUAUAAAAACAGUAUCAAGGUGUUUGGGUGUGGGGUGUGUGCUUAAAUAUAUAUAAUGUAGAGCAGAACAGAAAAGAUCUGACCAGUGGUUUUGAAAAACAAAUAAGCAAAACCAUCAAAACUGAUCAGAUUUAAAGCCAGUUUAAGAUGGCAUGCUGGGGAAAUUCAACCCAAAAUUCAAAUUUAGUUUAAAAAUCCAGUGCGCUUCUUACAUAGCUGCCAAGUUUUCCCUCUUCUCGCGAGGAAGCCUAUUCAGCAUAAGGGAAUUUCCCUUAAAAAAAGGAGAACUUGGCAGCUAUGGCUUCUUACUUGGAAUAGAAGGUCUGGGCGGGGUCAGUGUGUUUUUGUGUGUAAGUAAGCAGUCCUAGUUGGAUUUAAUGAACAAGCAUGCCUUAAAAAUUGGAUGGGGUGUGUUAAGUCUAUAUUUCUUUACUCGCUUCCCUUAGAGCAUAGAUUGGGUUUCCAUUGCUGCACAGCCUUCAUGUGCAGUGAGGGAGUAAGACUUCUUAGGUACAUCCAUGGCAAUUUAAAAUACAUGAAUCCAGGUCAUACUAUUGCCAGGUGAAGCCUAAAUUCUCUGAGCAGACUGGCCAAUGUUCAGUUUGGGGGCUUUACUUCCAGGUAAAUUCAGGAAAGGGAGAGGAAAUUCAGCUCUGCAGGCAAAGGGAAAGCCUUAUUUACAAAGCAAAUCCUAUGAAUAGCUGCUCAGAGAAGCACACUUAUUUUAAUGGAACCUACUCUCAGGUAACUAUGCACAGGACGGCAUCUUUAAUAGUUCAGUGUGGGUUUGGAAGUGCAGACAUUUAGUUGGUUAUUUAAAAGAAUUGUAAAACGGAAAGACUUCGCAAACUAAAAUGGGGGGGACAUUUUGUUUUGGAACUACAGGUAUAUGUUGCUUCAGUGUGUGAGAAGCUACGGAGUUUCUUCAAACUUCAUCAUCCAUCAAAGGGGCAAAAAGAACAGCUACCCCCCCCCCAUAUUAGGUUUUGAGAAUGGUGAGACUUCCCCAGAAAUCCUGUUGAUUUUGAUUUCAGGCAAGUUGACAUUAGGAGGCGGCAAGAGUCAGAGAGGUAAAAUAGAGUUGCAGAGAAGGUGCAUUAAAGUGGGGAGAGUAAAAAGAGAAGGAGACAGAAAGGCAAUACCGCCAGGUACAAAGGAAGCAGUAGGUGAGAAGAAGAAAGGAUAGAAAUGUUUGAGAAGGUAAAGAGAAUGUGGAAGAAGACAUGAGGAAAGGGGCAAUAAGCUGGUGAUAGAAAGGAUAGCAAAAGAAAGUGGGACCCAGGUGGUGCUGUGGUUAAACCACUGAGCCUAGGGCUUGCUGAUCAGAAGGUCGGCGGUUCGAAUCCCUGUGACGGGGUGAGCUCCUGUUGCUUGGUCCCAGCUCCUGCCAACCUAGCAGUUCGAAAGCACGUCAAAAUGCAAGUAGAUAAAUAGGAACCGCUACAGCGGGAAGGUAAACGGCGUUUCCAUGUGCUGCUCUGGUUUGCCAGAAGUGGCUUUGUCAUGCUGGCCACAUGACCUGGAAGCUAUACGCCGGCUCCCUCGGCCAAUAAUGCGAGAUGAGCGCGCAACCCCAGAGUCGGUCACGACUGGACCUAAUGGUCAGGGGUCCCUUUACCUUUACCUUUACCGUAACAACAGAAAACAGGACGGAGAAUUUUGCAACAAAGCAAAGAGAAGGCAGGAGGUGAAAGGCCCCAGAAAUCAAAGAGGGGGUGGAAUUAUUGAACAGAUUCAAAAGUUUGACCAACAAAAUAAAUGAAAUAUGAGUUCACUUGUACUGGGGGGGGGGAUAUCACACUAAUAUUUUAGUGUGUGACAGGUGGUGAGGUGCUAGCACUAUUAUGCAGAAAUUAAAUGGGUCCCAAAUUAAUGAGUCAAGGUCAAAGGUAGGUUUUUUUUGUCCUUUUUCCUUAGCCCCUCCACCUCCAUUCUUUCUCUUCCCCAGCAGUCAUCUCGAAAUUCAUCACCACUAGAUUAAUACUAGAGGUGGCAUUAGAAGCUGGAUGUCACUUAUUCCUUAAUAACAAGUAAAAAUUAGAUAAUAAUUAAAAGCAACCCUCUGAGAUGUAAGAGUGCAACUACUGCAUAUAUCAGGCUUGCUAGGCCUUGAGGACUAAGCGAAUGGAAAUAUUAAGGAGCCAGAGAAGGGAGGGAAACCCAAAAAACCCCAAAAUGACCAGACUUGAUCUUAGGCAAAGUUAUGGUUACAGGUAGGUAGCCGUGUUGGUCUGGGUCGAAGUAAAAUAAAAAAAUUCCUUCAGUAGCACCUUAAAGACCAACUAAGUUUUUA